AUGAGUCAAAGUAGUGACCAAUCAGAAAAGAUCAAUCAUCAGAUCGAAAGACACGUCAACUUGAAUAAUAAUGAUAAAGAAUCGCUCGUGUCAGCGGAUUCCAUUGAUUUAUCCGAAAUCACGAUCUCCCAACAAGAUGAAAAAGCAUCGAAGCGUAAUAGAAUAAUACAAAGCACUAUUAGUACCUCUUUCUCUACGAAUAAUCCAGUGUACCUAGAAUUUCACGGCAUAAACUAUUUCGUACCUAUAAAUAAUGAAACUAGCAAUUCGGCUCGUAGUAAUCGGGAUCGUUGGUUACCGUUUUUGAAAUCGUUUCAAACCAGAGCAAGCCAAUCGGACGAGGAAAUUGGUGAAUCGGGACAAAAUCAAAUCCUGCAUAAUGUUCAUGGGUGUGCUAAACCCGGUGAAAUUCUCGCCAUUAUGGGUCCGUCAGGAUGCGGGAAGACUACUUUGUUAAACAUUUUGGGUGAUCGUGUGAGCAAACGAGGAAUCUCGGGUACAAUAAAUAUGAACGGGCGUAGGCCGACAAAGGAAACAAAAAGAUUCGUGGCUUACUGUGCUCAAGAUGACAUCUUUUUCCCACAGUUGACCGUCAGGGAGACUCUUAGUUUUACGGCCAGGUUGCGUCUUCCCCGGGAUAUGCCAAAACGCGAAAAGUUAAGACAAGUCGAAAACACAAUUCAACUAUUAAAUUUAUCAAAGUGUGCGGACACAAAGAUCGGCGAUAGUUGGUCUAGGGGCAUAUCCGGUGGCGAAAGAAAACGUGCUAGCAUUGGUAGCGAACUAUUAACCGACCCGAGUGUCAUCCUGUUAGAUGAGCCUACUUCCGGGCUUGACUCGUCGUUCGCGCUGGAACUAAUAAAAAUUCUAAAAGAGUUCGCGAUCCAACAACACAAAACGAUAAUAAUGGUCAUACACCAACCGUCCUCACAAGUAUUUGAACUAUUCGACAAGCUACUGCUUAUGGCGGAUGGUCACGUGGUAUACUUUGGCGAGCGUGCGAACGUGGUGAAUUAUCUGAACGACCAGAAAUGCAAAUGUCAUCCAAAUUUUAAUCCAGCUGAUUAUAUAAUGGAGCUACUAAAUGAUCCGACAUCCAAGCAAAAAUUGAUCCAAGCCUAUGCCCGUCAUGUAAAACCCGAUCCCACCGGUGAACAAUUAGUUAAAAAGCACUCUAAUCUAUCCCGUGAUGUGUCAUCGCUGCCCGCACUCGAUGACAGUAUAAUAUCGUCGAGUCCGUUGAAGAUGAAACAUCUGUGGGAGGCAACCUUCUUACAACAAGUGAUUAUCCUGACCGAACGAUCGUUUAGACAACGAAGCAAGGUCAUAUUGUCUAAAUUAGAUCUCUUGCAGACACUUAGUUUAGUACUUUUUGGUUGUAUAAUUUGGUUCCAGUUACCAUAUAAGGAGAGUAGUAUACAGGAUCGGUAUGGAUCGAUCUUCUUCACAUCAGUCUACUGGUCAUUCUACCCGAUGAUGUUCACGAUAUCUUCAUUUCCGCUGGACUUAACCAUUUUAAACAAGGAACGUCAAUCUCGAUCCUAUCGACUGUUGUCCUACUUCUUUUCGAAACAGGUGGCCGAGUUGCCACUUUCCAUAGUUCAUCCCGCGAUCUUUGUGAUAGUCGUGUAUUGGGUUAGUGGAUUGGUGGCAGAUGGCGAAAGGUUUAUCGCGUAUCUGCUCGUAGUAUUGUUGACAACGUUGACGGCGCAAAGUUUCGGAUACUUGAUAGGUGCCACAUUGCUAAAUGUGCAGAAGGCGUUGUCUGUCGCAAGUGUAUUUAUGCUAUCAACAAUGCUUUUGGCUGGAUUCUACGUUAGAAAUCUUGUUUCCGAGUUGAGUUGGCUGAAGUAUUUG